CAUCGUUUUUCUCUUUUCAUGGUUUUGCUGGGACUAAAAGAAAACCUGGGCACCUGGAUAGGAAAUAUUUCAGAAUUGUUCAUUUGACCAUCUUUUUUUAACAACUGCAGCCUCUUCUGAGGCAGAAAAUUUAUAGAAGAAAACAACGAAGGAAGCAGCUUCUCGUGAGGUAAAACUUUUGCCACAUUUUCUCUUUUCAUACGUCUCCAACUGCGGAACGAAGACGCGAACAGAAGAAAUGUGAAGACAGAUUUCCCCCCUUCUUUGACGCACCGAGACAGAUCUCUGCUCCUCGUUCAUACAGGCUGUUGAUGGAGAGGAUUUCGAAUGUCAGCCGGGACAGUGGUCAUCGCAGGAGGAAUUCUGGCUACAGUCAUCUUACUGACCAUUGUCGCUGUACUGUGUUUAUGUAGGUUGCAGUAUUACUGCUGUAAGAGGGAGGAGUCUGAGAAGGGGGAAGAGGAGCAACCAGAGCUUGCCACCAUGUCUCCGACACGCCCUCUGGCUCUGUCCGCUCCCCCUUCGCCUCCGACGCCUGAGCACUUUGGCGAAGAACCGGAGACGUACCCCCCCACCUUCCUCACCGAGGCCAACGGGCCUGCCAGCUUCUCCCCGACACCGCCGCCGCGCAGGUGCCACCGCUCACACGCCUUCUGCCCGUCCUGCGCCCGCUGCUCGCUGCCUUUCUACCUGCAGCACCCCGAGAGGCUGUGCAACGGCGGACGCAGGAUCAGCUACAGGACUGUGCAGCAGCAUGACCUGGAUCUGCCAAUGGACCUGGCCAGCUUCUACCACAAGCUCAACCUCAUCCGCUCCGUCACCAUGAGGGAGGUGUACACCCACAGUGUCAGCACCGAUGUCUAGGAGCAGACAGUGUGGAAGCAGCGCCGCCCUUAUGGCCCGGAGGAGAGGUUGAUUAAUGCAAACUGACUGAACUAAUAUAUUACGUGUUGCCUGGAAUGCAGCGAUAAAAUUGUGCUGUCCUGACGCACUGCAAUACUGAGGGCUUUUGGGUGAUGUAAUCAAUCCCCUGGCAGCCAUAUUGGAGGUCUGCAUCUCCGGAGCAACUGCUAACAGCUGAAUGCAUGUCUGAACAGAAACAUUUGUUUCUGACAGACAUGAAGAGACUAACUUUUGCCAGUUUUGACUUAAAAUUGGCUCAUUUUGUGACCAUUACAUUUGACUUGUGUGUAGAUAAUUAGCUAAUUAGCUAGUUAAAUAGUCAACCAACAUAUGUGUUUUAAGCAAAGACAAUGACCAAUUUGAGUGUUUGUGAGGAAAUUGAACACAGGUUUUGUUUGUUUGAAUGAACCACAAAAGAGACAGAAAUUGAAAUUAAAAUCGUGUUGAAACAGGACGGUUACAGAACGAUGCUAACGCCUAGUUAACAGUUUGUUCAGGCUAACUGAGUCUCUUUUAAAGGGUGAGUCUGUUCAAAUUUUCAACAGAUCCCAUGGGCAGACCAAAACCAUUAAUGAAUGUAUCUACUAAGUAUUGUGUGUGCAUCAAACCUGAUAUGUCUUCUUCUCCUGUGUCAUAGAGCUCCAUUACUGUCCAAAAACUAUUAA